CUCAAUUAACAUCGCAUUCAACAACGUCGUCUGUCUCUUCUUCCACAUCCAACCACCAUCCCCAUUUGACUUUCCCUCUCCACAAUGCUCGCGUUCUCACUCUCUCUCUCUCCACCAAUACUCUCAAUACUCCAAACCCUAGGGUCUGACUUUCUCUAAUCAAAGCCCUAGAAAAUUCUCCGAUUCUCUGAUCCAAUGGCUAAACAAUUCCAAUUCAACAAUUCCGGCAUGAUCGACACGGCGUUUGAUUUCCUACUGCCGUCGUGGUGGGAGGUCGAAGUCAGCGUCGCCGCCGCGGCUUUCGUGAUUGCCGCCUACUGGUUCUUCGCCUACGCUACUGGCGUUGGUGGAAGCGGUGGAGAGAUUGGUGCUGAAAAUCAAUUCGAUAAUUCUCUUCUAUCUGGUGAUGAUAAAGACAAGAUGGGCCAGCUGAACGGAGACCAUCAAACCACUUCGGCUUAUAGGAUAAAGGUGGAGCUGUUGGCAGCCAAAAAUCUUAUGAGUGCUAACUUGAAUGGCACUUCAGAUCCUUAUGCAAUCAUCAAGUGUGGUACCGAAAAGCGGUUCAGUUCAAUGGUUCCUGGCUCAAGAAAUCCCAUGUGGGGAGAAGAGUUCAACUUUUCUGUUGACGCGCUUCCUGUCCAGAUUAAUGUGACAAUACAUGAUUGGGACAUAGUUUGGAAAAGUGCAGUUCUUGGUUCAGUUACUAUUCCCGUUGAAAGUGAAGGUCAAACUGGUGCUGUGUGGUACCCGUUGGAUAGCACAUCGGGGCAGGUUUGUCUCCACAUUGUUACAAUAAAAUUCCCUGUAAAUUCUUCCAGGGCUUUGGAUGGUUAUGCUGGAGCUAAGGCUAGAAGAAGGAUUUCAGAUAAACAAGGACUAACAGUUGUUCAUCAAAAACCUGGGCCUCUGCAAACAAUAUUUGAUCUCCUUCCAGAUGAGGUUGCUGCACAUAGCUAUUCAUGUGCACUCGAGAGGUCCUUUUUGUAUCACGGUCGUAUGUAUGUCUCUGCAUGGCACAUCUGUUUCCAUUCUAAUGUAUUUUCGAAGCAAAUGAAGGUGAUUAUUCCAUUCGGAGAUAUUGAUGAGAUAAAGAGGAGCCAACAUGCAUUUAUUAAUCCAGCCAUUACAAUUAUUCUUCGCAUGGGUGCUGGCGGCCAUGGUGUGCCUCCGUUGGGAAGUCCUGAUGGUAGAGUCAGAUAUAUGUUUGCAUCAUUUUGGAACAGAAAUCAUGCGCUAAGAGCUUUACAACGCGCUGCCAAGCAUUUCCAUACUAUGGUAGAAGAUGAGAAGAAGGAGAAGGAGCAGUCUGCUCUUCGUGCACAGAGCAGCUCUGUUAGAAGCAGCAAAAGCCAGGCUAAGAUUACUGAAGAAAGCGUGCCCAAGACUGUGAAGUUCCAACCCUUCGUCAAAGAAGAAGCCUUAGUUAGUAUACACAAUGAUGUUUUCCCAAGUACAGCAGAGCAAUUCUUUGACCUAUUGUUGAAUGAUGACUCAAAUUUUAUAAAUGAGUAUCGUUCAGUCCGAAAGGACACUAACCUUACUAUUGGUCCGUGGCAUGAUGCUGAUGAAUAUGAUGGCCAAGUCAGAGAGAUAAAAUUGAGGGCCCUGUGUAACAGUCCUAUGUGCCCUCCAGAUACAGCAAUGACAGAGUGGCAGCAUGCUGUUUUGUCACAAGAUAAGAAUCAGCUGGUGUUUGAGACCGUACAACAGGCGCAUGAUGUACCAUUUGGGUCUUACUUUGAGGUUCAUUGUAGAUGGUCUUUGGGGACAAACUCUGAAUCGUCAUGCAAUGUUGAUAUAAGAGUAGGUGCUCAUUUUAAGAAAUGGUGUGUGAUGCAAUCAAAAAUUAAAUCAAGUGCAAUUAACGAGUAUAAGAAAGAGGUGGAGUUUAUGGUAGAUGUGGCCCGCACGUUUAUUUUAGCGAGGACUUCUGGUUCUGGAGGUGGUGUGAUCGACGAUGUUGUUUCUCUUCCUUCCGAUACCCUUACACCAGAGAAUACUUAAAAAGGUACUUGAGAGCAAUCUUGCAUUGAUUUUGCCUUUUCAUUGUUCAACCACCUUGGUACUUUUUUCCUUCUGUUUACAUAUAGUGUAUAUCAUCUCUAGAGCAACCGGGGCCAAUUUGUAAUUUAACAAUUUAAUUGAGGAAACAGUUGUUGAUCAUUUAUAUAUAAUCUCACCCUGCAAACAGAACAAGUGGUGUGUUGUUACUUGUAAUGCAUGUAAUGGCGAUUCCAGCGAUAGAAAUGCAACGAUUGCUUUAAUUUAUCUCCAA